UCGUUCUUGGAUCCUUGGCAGCUGUUUGUGAAGAUGUAGACACGAAAGCAUGCGAACUAUUAGCCAUUAAACGACCAGAUUUAUGUAGUGACGCAGAUCUGUCUGCCGUUUGUACAAGGUUCUGCGGAAGAUGCCCUGUAAAAUGUUACCAGUGUCCUGCAGUAGACGACCCAUCAAACUGUACACAUCUUGUUGCCUGUCCAUCUAUGGAUCAUUAUUGUUUCACUACACAAACAUUUACUAAUGAUUUCUCAGAAGUUUAUAAAAUGGGAUGUGCUGAAAAAAGUAAAUGCCAGCAAUAUUUUGGUCCAGAGAACCGAAAAAAGAAUGUAGACGUUAACGGCGCAUGCUGUACUACAGACAAUUGUAAUAACCAACUACCACUGGUGAUUUUUUCUCAAGAAAUACCACCAACAUCUUCACCAUCUAAUAUGUCCGUAAAUACAACUGCUGAUCCAAAUACUUGCGAAAAUCUAGACGAUGUUGCCUGUCACAGACUAAAAUCAAGCAAUAACCUGAUAUGUAAAAAGGACGGUCUUUCGUCGAAUAUUUGUCCACGUAUGUGUGGAAAAUGCUUUAACUGUUACACCUGCAAUGAUAUUUAUAAUGUCGACGACUGUAACUCUACAAAUGUCUGUCAUUCCGGACAUGAAUGUUUUACACUGGAGACACUGAGCGCUGACCUGAAACCAGUUUAUAGAGUAGGCUGUAUUGAAGAACAGUUGUGUGCAAGGUUCAAAGCAAGUACUGCAAAUAUCUUUGGAAGACGAGAUGGAUUUGCUUUAAAAGGAGGAUGUUGUAAAACAGACCUGUGUAAUGACCAUUUUGAAAAAUACCACCCAACGACAACACACAAACCUACUAAUCCAUGUGUUCAUAAUCACAGACACUGUCCAACCGGAUAUACGACAUCUUCAUCAACAUGUGUAAUGAUUGGUCAACACAAAAUGACUUGGUAUGAAUCAAAGCAUUUCUGUGCAUCUCAUUGUGGAAGACUGGUGGACUUCUCAUCAUUUCACGAUAUGCAACAUAUAUUUGCAUCACUAGUUCCCCAUAGUCACGGCCAUUACACAGAUACCAGAGUAUGGACCGAUGCACAUUAUGUACAACACAAAUGGAUUUGGAAUCACAACGGUCAGUCUAUUGAUCGGAGUCAGUUUAGACACCUUUCAACUACACACACUAAUAACCAUGGUUGUGGUUUUGCUUUAGUUCACACCAAUAAGACAACUACAGAGGACUUAAUUCCUACUGAUUGUACCAAAGAUCACCUACCAUUGUGUGAAGCCACACGAACAUAACAGGUUAUAAUAAAAAUAUAUAUUGUG